UAAUUAGCAUAGACGCAGCGCAAACACUACAGCGGAUAUUCUCCCCAAUGUACAGCCAGAGUGUAAAGUAAGGGCUUGCUUUGUCAAGCAGUGUUAAGGAAAACGUGAACAUUUACAGACGUAGCGUUGUUUAAGUCUCUCAAUUUGUAACGGCAGGAAAAUCUACCGCCUCGAAAUAAUUUAGCAAAUAAACUGGCUCCUUUUAGCAUCUUGCUAACUUGUGUCGUGGGCGUCGUUUGCUUUUUAUUCUCUAGCUAUGGGUGUGAAGGGUCUUCAGUCUUUCCUGGAAUGCUGCUGUCCAGAAGCCUGUGUGACGGUCAACCUGAGAGACAUGGCCCGACAGCACUCCGCCACAAGCCAGCGAGAACCCACACUCGUUGUGGAUGGUUUGGCUUGCCUGCGCCACUGGUACUCGUGUAAGGACUGGGUGUGUGGGGGGCAGUGGAGGGAGUACAUGGAUGUCCUGAAGAACUGGGUGGAGGCCUUCACGUCAGCAGGCAUUAGACUGGUCUUCUUCUUUGAUGGGGUCGUGGAAGAGCAGAAAAGAGAAGAGUGGGUGAAGAGGAGACGCAGAGUGAAUGGGGACGUGUCCAGAAUGUUCCGCUACAUAAAGGCACAUGGAGAGCAGCCUGGAAGGGAGCUCUUUUGUCUGCCUUCAGGCCUUUCAACGUUCACAUGCUGUGCUCUCAGCUCAUUGGGUCAGGAAGUGUUCUGUUCUUUACGGGAGGCAGACUAUGAAAUUGCCAGCUAUGCUCGUCAGCAUAGCAGCAUGGGCAUUCUGGGUCAGGACACAGACUUCAUCAUAUAUGACAGUGCUCCCUAUUUGUCAGUGGCGAAGCUGCAGAUAAGCAGCAUGUCCACUGUUCUGUACGAUCGACAGAGACUCUGCCAAACCAUUGGCUUGACUGUGAGCCAACUCCCACUGCUGGCCUGUCUUCUUGGUAAUGAUGUGGUGUCUAUGGAGAAGAUGCAGCAUAUCAGGAAAAACGCAAUGGAAGCAUACAGGAAAGUCGGUCUGGCAUCAUACUCUGGUGCUCCUCAGGGACAGAUGGUGCUUGCAGUAGCCCAGCUUGUGAAAUCUUUGUGGAGAAAGGAGGAGAUGGAAGCUGGGAAUAUCCCUCAGUCUUUGAAUUUAUCAGAUCCUCUCAGAGAACUGAUAAAGAAAGGCAUGUGCUACUAUUUGCUCCCCGGAAAAGACAGUCUUCAGCAAGAUGAUCUUUCUGCGUGUUCGUCUGCCUCUGCUUUUGAGAAAUACGUCAGCCCACAAAUAUUAAAGGUUUGUAGGGAAAAGCAUGUAGCUGGAGAGGGUUUCAUGGCUUAUGGCGUUUUGUGUGAGGGAGUCAUUGAAUGUAGCAACACUCUGGAGGAUGAAGAGGACACUGAACUGAUGCCUCAGGCUCUCGUGUACAAGCCCUGCAGACAGAAGGUCUAUGGAGUCCUGCUACUGCUCGGCCAUGACGGCAGCACCGACGACCUUCCAGCAAUUAAAGAAUGGUUUGUGUACCCUGGAAGUCCUCUGAAGGAACCUGACAUGGUCCACCCUGUCCCAAUCAGCCUACCAUGUGAUCGUCCCAGUCUGGACUUGUUGUGGUUUGGCACUGGUCCUGAAGUGUCUGACCUCCGCCUGACAUCCUUCCUCUCAAUACUUGACUGCCAGGAGUUCUCCGAGUUGAAGGGAGCAGUUGAAGACUCUCUCCUGGCUGCUCUCUGUCUGGUCACUUACAUAGUUCUCCAGGUACAGACUGUGUCUCAGGAGGACGUGGACGCGUACCUGAGUCAGGCUGUGUGCCUCAGACUGAAGUCCCCUCGGGAGCUUCAGCAGGUCAAGUUGCCCUUUCUCUCCAGCCGUGCCGUGCAGCUGGGCUCCCUCUACGUUCGAGGCCUGGCCCACCUGCUGGGCGCUAACAGUGCCAGCGGCUGCCCCCUGCCCAGCGCUGCCCUGAUGCCUUGGCACAGCUUUGACGGGCGACUGUUCCAUUCAAAGUACCUGCUGGCACAUGGUGGCACAGAGACAAGCGUUCUGCUGGACGGAGACACGUCUUGUUUGUCUAUGUUUCUCCACCUGAGAGAGAAACUUAUAGAAACGUGCAGGAAAAGAGGCCGAAUCCUGCAGUCCAGACCGAAUGCACCGAGUCAGAGUCCUACCAGUGCACCAGGCCACAGGCACACAGGCGGAGGCGAGGGCUGGAGGAGAGGAGGAGGAGCGGCGCGUGGAGGUGGCUGGAGGCAGAGAGGGGACAGACAUGAGCAUGGAAACCCAGGGAGACAGUGGGGCGGAGGAGGACAACAUUUCCGUCCUCGCCAUUCUUCCAGCUAUCCUGAGGAAGGUCCUGAAAACACAAGCUGCUCCUCAAAACAGUCCAGAGGUCGAUCGUAUCACAACAGAGGGAGAUACCAGCUGGCUCCCAGGUGGUCACAGCCUCCUGCACCAGGAGCCGAGGAACAGAGGAAUAAAAGGAACGACCCAAGGAAAUGAGAUGAGGACACAGAGCAAUGAGACAAAGAAUCAAGUUGGUCAAAGGAAACCGAUUGAAUGGUGAAAAAUAGUCAAUGAAAUACUUUUAUAUCGAUCGUCAGCCUUUAUUUCAUCUCAGGGAAACUUACCUUGUUUACUUUGCCUGAAAAUGAACCAUAUGAGACGGAGGAUCCAUUUUAAACAUGAGAACUUCAUUCUCAGUUGUUUAUCUUCUAAAGAUCCUGUUUCCAGUGUUUUAAGUGUCUUUAUCAACAGUUUUAACUAGUGAAGCAGGGAGAUGUUCUGUUUUUACAAACACAAAUAAUGUCUGUUGUCUGUAUUUUACAGUCGUGAAGAAAGAGGCUUAUCAUUGAAUUUUUGUUGUAAAUGCCUUGAUUCAGAGUUCCACAUUAAACAAACAACAAUCCUGCCAGUUGAGCAUCAGCUGCUGCUGAGUUCAUGUGCUUCUAAGUGUCUGUCUGUAACAAACGACCCAUUGCAACUCAUUCAUCUGCCAACACUAAAUGUUUUAUCUCUGUCAGGCAAUAAAAAGAGCAUCUCAGCAA